AUGGCCCUCCUGGCUCGCACCCUGGCACUGCUGGCAAUGACUGUGGCCACUGUGGCCAUCAAGGUGGUGCCCCUGGACAUGGCCCAGGACUCCUUCGAUGACCAGUACCAGGGCUGCGGCCCUGCCAUGACCGCGGCGUUGCCGGCCCUCAACUGCUCCGAGUUCCAGAAGAACCCUCUCUUUGCCCAGGCCUGGGUGAAGGCCACAGCUGAGUGGCAGAGUCAGGGGUCCCUUGUGUCUCCUCUGUCAUCCCCAGCCCAGGCCAUCGCCCUCAUGGCCUACACGAUGGAGGACGUGUACGAGAAGUGCCCAAACAAGAAGUGCCUGUACGAGAAGUUCAAUGGGGACGUACGUGCAGCUGGGCGCUCCCGCCAGGAAUACCGGGACAACUUCCACUUCAAAACGCUGCAUUUCCUGCUGACCCAGGCUCUGGUGACACUGAGGGACAUUUGGGGACCUCAGUGUCACGAUGUGUACUGGGGCGUGCGCGGGGUCCGGUUCAAGGCUGAGCAAGGUGACAUCGUCCGGUUCGGUCAAUUCACAUCGGUGUCACUGAAUGGAACAACUGCCAAGGACUUUGGGAUAGACACGGUGUUCCAGGUGCACACGUGCCAUGGGGUGGACAUCUGGGAAUUCUCCAACUAUCCCAAUGAGAAUGAGGUGCUGAUCCCACCCUUUGAGACCUUCGAGGUCAUUGAAGUCAGCCAGGAAGGAGGCAGGGCGAGGAUCCAGCUCCACUCCACCGGGGCCUUCAGCAACUACAACUGCGAGUGGCUGCGAGGUGGCAGUGUCCCCAGGGCUCCCUUCCAACUCGGAGGACUCCUCCUGGCCACCACAGCCCUGGCAAUGGCCACGGGGGUCUUCUGA